AUGAAGAGCUCCGUAACGCUGGGUAUUACAAAGAAAGCGCCGCAGCCCGGCUCUGGGGUACAUGAAGGCGCAGUAGCAGAGCACGAGCCCGCUCACCAAGACGGGGACAUCAGCGCAGCCGACACCUCUGGAGUUACAGCUCGCAAGUCAUCUUCUGUAGACAAGGCGCAGGGAGCAGCAUACCCUGUCGUCUCUCGCAGCAGCACCUCUGUCCCCGCACAGCUCCGUCGAUGGGCCUCUACCAUCUCGAGCAGGUUCACCUCUGCGCCAGGGGACAGCACUGGCCCACCGCCUGCUCGUCGCCCACCCAUCGACCUCAAAGUACCUCACUUCGGCUCACUGCAAGGCCAUACUCUCAACUUCGUCCUUGCGAUUGUCGCAUCUGCGUCCUUCACCGAGUGGGGCUACGAGCAGGGUGUACUCAGCGGUCUCCUCACCCUUGAGGACUUCCAGCGAGCGAUUCCCUACAUGGCACCCUACGAGCCUGACAACGCCUGGUGUCGCGAGGAGAUCCAGUGCAUGGGUACUCAUGGAACUCAGGCUAUUGGCGUGGGCAUCUAUCAACUUGGCUGCUUCCUGGGUGCUAUCGCCGUCCUCCAGUAUGGGGACGGGUGGGGCAGGAGGAACUCUGCUUUCUGGGGAACGCUAGUAGUGAUCGUAGGCACGACACUGCAGGCGAUAGCUCAAGGUGGCGUUGCAGUCAGCUACAUGCUCUUCGUCGUUGGCAGAAUUAUCGCUGGACUCGGAAACGGUGUCGUAACCGCAAGUAUCCCGACCUGGCAGUCUGAGUGUGCUAAGCCACACAUGCGAGGUCUUCUCAUCAUGCUCUCGGGUGCUCUCAUCUCAGGUGGCAUCGCGCUAUCCUACCUCAUGAAUCUCAUCUUCUUCUACACGGAAGGCUCAGCCCGAUGGCGAACACCCAUCGCCUUGCAGAUUGUCAUCUGUUGCAUCGUCCUGAUUGGCAUUCCCUUCCUGCCAGACUCUCCUCGAUGGCUGCUCAUGAAAGGUCACACGGAAGAAUGUCGUCUCACUCUGGCACGUCUGGCAGGUCAACACGUGGACUCACUUCAGGUCGAAAGCGACAUGAGGAUCUUGCAGAACAACUUGGCAGCAGAAAGAGCGGGUGGACCCUUCCGAUAUCGAGAGCUCUUCACCAGUGGCCCUUCGCAGAACUUCCAUCGGACCCUCCUUGCUAUCAUGGCCCAGGCAGGUCAGCAACUCACGGGCAUCAACUUGACAACGUACUACCUUAGCUUGCUCUUCGAGAAGUCUCUAGGCCUGGCUGCGGAGCUGGCCAGAAUCUUGUCGUUUGCAAACGGCCUGUGGUACUUCCUGACUUCACUCUGCGCCCUUCCACUCGUCGAAAAGAUGGGUCGUCGUAAGCUCCUCUUCCUCGGCGCGGGCGGGAUGACCUUCUCAUUCCUCGUCUUGGCUGGCAUCGUCUCGACAAGCACCUACAUUGACGAUACGCCUGCGCUGUCUCAGGCUGGCGGAGCCUGGUCGGUACUGCUCCUCUUCUUGUACGUCGGCUUCUUCGGUGUCUCGUACCUAGGUUUGACAUGGCUAUACCCUGCCGAGAUCACUCCCUUGCGCAUUCGUAUCCAGGCCAACGGUCUGUCCACGGCAACCAAUUGGCUCACGAACUUCAUGGUAGUCAUGGUCACCCCUCCCGGGAUCGCCCACAUCGGAUGGGGCAUGUACGCCAUCUUCGGCGUCCUAUGUGCCGCUCAGAUACCUGUCAUUUACAAAUGCUUCCCCGAAACCAAAGGCCGCUCCCUCGAAGAGCUCGACGUCAUCUGGGCCUACGCCUACGAGGAGCGCACCAGCGUAGUCGUCGAGUCUCUACGCAUCAAGCGCCUCGAAGGCGACGAGCUCGACGAGUGGAUCGCCCGCUACCUGGCAACGGGCCCAAUGGGGUCUUGGCAUGCUCAGGCUCAGGCGCAGGCGCAUGGAAUUGACAUUGGAAGCGAUCUUGGAUUGACCGAGAGCAUGCGAGCUCGACUUGAUGCUUGAAGCUGGGCGGGGGGAGAAACUUGAUCAGUAGACGCACGGAGAGGUGCUGGGCACUCGUUGGAGUACGCCCGAGUCGGUCAGUAGAAGGUCUCUCACUCCAGAUCCACCUCACACCGUGCACCCCAGCAUGCUCCACAGACGCUGCAUCACGAAAGCAAGAUACCCUACCUGACGCGUCUUCCACAGUCAUAGCUUUAGUGAAGCUCCUCAAUUCACG